AUGAGUGCGGAUGGGAAGACUUCCAAAAAAAGCAUUGUUUACAAGAAAGUGUCUCGUGACAAAUCGAUUGCUGCUUACUUGAGCAGAAGAGAUUUUGUGGAUCAUGGUACCGAUAUUGACCCUGUGGAUGGCGUGCUUCUGGUGGACGCUGGUUUUGUAAGGGACCAAAAAGUUUAUUGCAGACUGAAAUGCACUUUCCACUAUGGACCUGAGGACAUUGAAAUGGUUGGACAGGCUUUCCAAAGGGACCUGUAUGUGUCCACAAUCCAAGUCUUCCCUCAAACAGGCGAGGAAUCAAAAUCGCUGACUAAAAUGCAAGAGCACCUGAUGAAAAAGAUUGGAGACAAAGCUUUGCCUUUCACCUUUCAGUUCCCAAACUAUCUCCCUUGCUCCGUUUGUCUUCAACCUGGUGCCAAUGACCCAGACAAGUUCUGUUCUGUAGACUUUGAAGUAAUAGCCUUCUGCGUGAGCAGUCCGGAGGAAAAGAUCCAUAAAAGGAGUUCGGUACGCCUGGCCAUCCGCAAAGUACAGUAUGCUCCCGAUCGAGCUGGACCAAAUCCAACUGCUCAGAUAAGCAAACAUUUUCUCAUGUCAGACCAACCACUUCAUCUGCAGGCAUCCCUGAAUAAAGAGAUAUAUUAUCAUGAGGAACCUAUCAACGUCAGCGUUCAAGUGACAAAUAACUCUAGCAAGCAUGUGAAGAGUAUCAAAAUAGCAGUUGAACAAACAACCAAUGUGGUGCUGUACUCAAAUGAUAAAUACACAGAGGAGGUUGCUGUGGAGGAAGCAAAUGACCAGAUUGGCCCAGGCUCCACUUUCUCAAAAACCUACGUGCUCUUGCCCUUAAUGGCCAGGAACAAAGGCAGGCAUGGCAUUGCACUCGAUGGAAAAAUCAAACAGGAAGGCACAAACCUGGCUUCUUCCACCAUUUUAAAGGAAGGAACUGAUCGAGAAGUUCAGGGGAUGUUGGUGUCCUAUACCGUAAAAGUCAGCUUGUUGAUUCCUGGCUUGCUCGGUGACAUUACCACCAGUGAUGUGACCGUGGAAAUACCCUUCCUGCUCAUGCACCCCAAUCCUGAAAUCCAGAAGAUGAUGACUUUGCCAUUGAGGAAGCUAGUGGACUGUCACCUCAGGAAACAGCGGAUGCGGAAGAUGAUGACUGACAUCUGUCACAGUCUGGCGAGCCAAGAAGACUUCAGUAGCUCAGUGAAAUGUGACUGAGAAUUGUUUAUCUAUUUAGUGAGUAGAAUUCCAAUUUCUUCUUCAGACUCUGGAAGAAUUCAGAAAAGUUCAGAAUAUGGGGCAGGCAGAUCAAGGGAGUAUUUUAUCAAGUGAAAGCCAAUUGGCUUUGGACUGGUUUCAUUAUUGGAGAUGUUAGAUUGUGAGGGAAAAAAAAUUAUGAGAGGGCUGUGUAUGCAACAAUGAAUAAAAUCUUUUGAGAAAGGGUCAUUGACUUAGAUUGAGGAUGAUAAUUAUUUACUGUUA